GCAACAAGCCAUAAAGGUUAGAGGUUAGAGAGAGCUGCUAUCAGUCUGGGUUAGACGCUGAAAAAAAACUGAAAGCUGCUUUUACCAGAACUCCCAAACGGACAUUUUGAAACAUCAAGAAGCAGAUAUCAAAUGAGAAGCUGGACAGCUGCCUUACCUGUGGAAACAACGAGAAGAGCAAAAAAAAGGCCUGCAGUGGAACGUUAAAAGUGAGGAAGGGAGGGAGAGGAAAGCUGGCAAUAGGAAGGAAUACAGUAGUGGAUCUGUAGAGGAGAUGGAGAACAUGUCUGUGUACCACGGGCCCAUCGGGAAGGAGGAGGGGGAGAGGAGGCUAGGGCAGGACGGGCGGGACGGCUGCUACCUGCUGCGGGACAGCGACUCUGUGCCCGAGGUCUACUGCCUGUGUGUGCUGUGCAGUGGAUUUGUGUACACGUAUAGGCUCCACAAGAACGACGCGGGCUCCUGGGCUGCUGAAACCACUCCUGGAGUGCAGAAGCGAUAUUUCCGGCAAAUCAAGAACUUGAUAGCAGCUUUCCAGAAGCCUGGACAGGGGAUUGCCGUUCCUCUGCUCUUCCCCGUGACAGCUCAGAGACGGGCACACACACACACAGAGACGCCCGGUAACAGCCUGUCGCCGACACACAGCGGCCCUGACGCUUACCUCCAGCAGCGUACGCCUCGCGCUGCUCAGGGACACAAAAACAGGAACAAGAAGGAGCUGCAGCAAGCUUUGGGUUAGGGGUGUACCCUCAGCUUAAUAUUGACCCAAUUAUAAACCAAAAACUGUCUUCUAGUGAUGCCUUACUGUUGCAUUUUGCACGCUGUGUGUGUGAAGUGAACGUCAUUUCUUCCCCCAAUUAACCAGUUUGUUAAAUCACAUCAUUUAAGAUCUGGCUGUGACUCAGAUCUCAGUACCCUUCCUCAAUUUUAUUUUUGAAUUCUUUUUCUGCAUAUGCGGCACAUAAAGCGCCUUUCAGGGAUGUAAUGUAAAAAUAUUCAUCUGCUGAAACAUUAAUAUCCAUCACAAGAUGACAACAAAUAUUGUGCUGUGUUUUCUUAAUGCAAUUGGGUGAUGGCAAAGAAAAUAAAUGAUAUUGGUUGAAAUAAACUUUUUUGAAAU